GAUUUGGGUGGAUUUGGAUGGAUUUGGAUGGAUUUGGGUGGAUUUGGAUGGAUUUGGAUGGAUUUGGGUGGAUUUGGAUGGAUUUGGAUGGAUUUGGGUGGAUUUGGGUGGAUUUGGUCUCCAGGAGGGAACGUGGGCCCCGGAUCGGGAGCGGGCGGAGGGGAUUGGUUGGAAGGUGCCCGGUUGGAGCCGACCGAGCCAACCUGUGGGUUUUCCCGGGAUUUCCCGGGAUUUCCCGGGAGCAGGGAUCGGCCAGGAGCAUUUCUUCAAGAGGAUCGAGGCCGCUCAUUGCAUGGCCUGUGACAUGUUGAUCCCGGCCCAGAACCACCUGCUCCAGAGGCACCUGCGAUCCGCCGACCACAACCGCAACCGCAGGAUGGCUGCCGAGCAGUUCAAGAAGACCAGUUUACACGUGGCCAAGAGUGUCCUGAACAACAAACACAUCGUCAAGAUGCUGGAAAAAUACCUCAAGGCGAAGAGGAAAAGAAGCGCCUUUGGCUCCUUGUUGUUCCCUGGGAAUGCGGGAACGGCCGCGGAUCCGGCAGGAGGCCCCGUGUCUGCAGGCAGGGGCAGCAGGGUCCGCAGGCGCUUCCACAUCUCCUCUUGAGCACCGGUAUCAAAGGCUCCGGCACAGCUCCGGGCACCUGACCUUGGGCCAGCGCAGGAGGAGGGAGAGCUCCGGAGCCAGCCCAGCACGGUCUCCGUCUCAUUCCCAGGUGCAAAACCAGGCUGAAAAGGGGUGGAGGAAAAUCUGAGGAUUGCAGGUAAUGCCAAGAGCCGGCCCUUCGCCAUGACCGUGCCGGGCCGGCCGGAGGCCGGAGCCGCAGGGCCACCCCGACCCCAGGCGGGGCCGCAGCCGUAGAUGACGAUCCUUGACCGUCGGCCUCACGAUUCCUCCUCGGAGGGAUGGCGGGACAGUCUCCACCACGAGUGGGCUCCUCCACUGCCCCGGUAGAUUCCGGACGUUGGGAUGGCGGGGUCGGAGCCCCGGUAGCUCCGCUCCGUAGGGCGUCCGGAGACUCGGAACGUUGAGGUUUCUCCUCCACCUGCAUGGAUCUUCUCGCAUGGAGCAGCCAGCUGGGCUGGCCCUGGAUCGAGGCCGAUCCCGGGGCGGGGUGGGGGGACCCGGAGAGCUUCUGUCCUUCCCGCUUUCCGGAAAAAAGUAGCACGUCCGACCCCGCGCCGCCCUGGCCGCGGUGCAGCGGGGUCCAGGCCGGGCUCCGGUGAGGGGGGAGAGAUCCCAAAGCUGGGAAUUUUGGGAGCUUUGGGGAGUUUGUCCUCCGCUUGCAGCCGGCGGGCGCGCCGGGGCGGCUCCGCCCCGAGAGGGCAGCGAUCCCACCUCGGCCCCUCCGAGCGCUCCCGGAACGCCGGCAGAUCCCCCGGGAGCGAGGGGAGCGGUGCCGGGAGCCGCCGCCGAAGGUAACCGGGGUCAAAACCCAGCCUUAAACCACCAAAAAUCCCGAAUUCCGGAGGGGCCCGGUGUCCCUGGAGUCCUCAGAUUCCCAAAACAAAAAAGAGGUGACUCAAAGCCUGGCAGCGUCGCCGCCCUUCCCGGCGCGGGAAGGGGAUCCCGGCGCCUCGGAGCCGGAGGGGUGAGGAAUUCCUUUGGACUUUGGUUAAACCCAAAUUCCUGCCGGGACGAGGCGCUGCCCCGGAGCCCGCUGGGCCCGUCCCGGACCUGGGCUCACCGAGUCAGUCCAGGCCUGGGAUCGCCUUUCCCGGGGGGUCGUUCCCUGGCUGUGA